AGCCUCUCCACUGAGCCUCCCACAACUGCGCAGAACCCGUCGCCAUGUCGCUGGAAGCGCAGCUCCGGAUGCGCCAGAACGUGGACCAGAUGCACUCCGCCUUCCGCGACCUACAUCGAAGCUCAUGACAAUGCCCUGCGCGGCAUCGCUCCGCAAGCCGACUCAGCGUCUGCAGAGGCGGCAGAGGCGGCGGCUGCAGAGGCGGAGUCGCGCGAGAUCGAGGAGGCCAAGGCGGAGCUCGCACGGCUCGCUCUGGAGGACGAGCGGCGGAGCAAGGCGGGCGGCGACGCGGCUGCUCCUGCUUCUGCUGCUGCGGCGGCGGCGGCGGCUCCCACGAAGGCGGCGGCGGGUACGCGGGUGGGAAGCGGUGCGACCAACUUUGACAAGUGGCAGUCGUACGACGCGGAGGGGGCGGUCGAGGCGCUCGAGCGGCGCGAGUGCGAGCGGGAGGCGCUUCGGCAGAGGGUGGUGUCUCUCGAAAACAAGAGGGCGAGGGAGGAGGCGAUGCGGAGGAGGGGCGAGAGCGAGGCGAGGGCAGACGCGAUGCGCGCCCGAGGCAACGCCGCCUUCCGCUCGAUACGAGGACGCGGUGACCGACUACACCGAGGCGCGAGGGCUCUCGGCGCCGUCCCGUAGGCUCGAUGGGCGAGGGCGUCCUGGCGGGCGUCCCUCGCGUGCUGGCGGGGGUGAGCAAGCUGCUCGGUAUGAUGGACUGGCAGGCGGGGGAGGGCGAGCCGAACGAGGGCUUGCUCGGAGCGCCGACGCCAUCGUCCGGUUCGGCGCCAUCGGAGGGGAGGAGGUGGCGCCGGACGACGACGUGCUCCUCGUCCUCGCGCCGCAGUCGAUGGUCGGCGCUCCGAUUGUGCCGCCGCUCGAGGCGCUGACCGAGGCGGCGGCCUCGCAGGGCUCCGCCGUCGUGCUGAUCAACCCGCUGCUGCAGGACCGCCAGUCCAGUUCCGGGGUGAUGGGCGUGCGCGGCCGCGCCGAGCGGCUGGCCUUUGCGGAGAGCUUCGCCGAGAUCUACCACUUCCGGCUCCUCUACUCGGGGACUACCUUCAUGUACCCCAUCCUCGGCGCGCUGCGCAUGGCGCGCCAGGACGGGCGGCGCGUCCUCUACCGGCGGCUCGAGGGCGCCCCGGGGUCUGCCACGGGGUCUGCGGACGCGAGGAUGCCGUGGGACUGAUUGUGACACUGAUACUGAGAUGCAGACGUGAGAGGUGCGUUUGGAUGUGUCUCACAGCGGCCGAAGCCCAGCAGCUCGGGUGGCACAAGUGCCUAGCGGCCAUUACAAUAAUACGGACACCUCUACGGCUU